GCGCGAGGAGUUGCAGGGAAUUAAUCCGAUAGCACAUUGAUGGCUCUGAAGAAACCAUCACUGGCACUGGAUUCCAGUGAGAGCGACUCUGAGGAGUUGCCAACAUUUGCCUUUCUGAGAAAGGAACCAUCUUCAACCAAGAGGAGACAGCCUCAGAGGGAGGAGAAGAUUAUAGUACUUGACAAUUCAGAUUCUGAGGCCUCUAGUCCUUUAUCCCCAGGGUUGAAAGAUCUACCACCUAUCCUAGACACAGCUGAAACCGCCCCACAGACAGAGCCAGUCAGGGUGCCAAGCAGCGAAAGUGAGGAUGAAGAAGAAUUCGUUCCUCUGGCUGAGAGGCUUACAUGUAAGUUCCUGACUCAUAAGCAGCUGAACUCUGAGGACUCUAACUCCCCAAUUAAUAGUGUUUUGGGUCAUCAAAAUAGUGAAGGAGCAUAUGACUGGAAAAAACAACCCUUUCUGAAAAUUCCUGAUGUUCCCCUCCAUGAUACCUCUGAGAGGAGUGCACAGAAUAACAAGGACCCUAUCUUGGACAAUCUGAGCCAUCAGCUCCCAGCCUACACAUCUACCUGCCCUAUCCAGAGCAACAGCUUGCCAGUAACCAAAACAAAUUCUGACAUCCUCCCACCUCGGAAGAGAACCAAGCAUGACCCAAAGGUCCAGGGAAGAGGAACACAGAGACACAGGCAGCAGGGACAAGCAUGCCAGAAGGGAAGCAUCCUGGGACAACAAGAAAAGCAGAAGGCAGCAGUGGUUAACAGGUUGAAAGCCCAGAGGCCAGACGAAUGCUUAAAGCGCAUCACAGUGGUGCUGGAUCCAGUACUUCUCCAGAUGGAGGGUGGGGGCCAGCUCCUUGGAGCUCUGCAGUCCAUGGAGUGCCGCUGUGUGAUUGAGUCACAGGCUGUGCCGUGCAGCAUCACUUGGAGAAGGACUGGAACACUCGAGGAUGAAGAGGAUUGGGUGGAGGAGCCGUCAGUCCUGGUGCUACUCUUGGCAGAGGUACUCCUGUCCAUGAUCUCCAGCUUAAAACAGGGGAGUCUGGACAGCGCUGAGAAAGGGAAAGGAACACUUCGGGGCUUUGUCACUGACAUCAUAGCAAAAACAGCAGGGAGAGCUCUGUCACUGGUGAUCGUGGAUCAGGAAAAAUACUUCAGUGCUCAGAAUCCUCCAACAAGGAGACAGGGAGCAGCAAAUAAGCAGGCCAAGAAGCAGCAGAAACAACCAGAGAUCAACACAGGGCCCGUGGUAUCCAGGGUAGAUGUGGAAGAGGCACUGGUGGAUCUGCAGUUACACACAGAAGCCCGGGCUCAAAUAGUGCAGACCUGGAAAGAGUUGGCUGACUUUGCAUGCUCGUUCACCAAGGCUGUGGCUGAGGCACCAUUCAAGAAGCUCCGAGAUCAAACCAGCUUCUCCUUCUGCCUGGAGAGUGACUGGGCUGGCGGGGGGGAGGGAGACCGCUCUGGCAGGGGACUCGCACUGGUCUGGAGGAGACAGAUCCAGCAGCUAAGCCUAGAAAUGGCCAGCGCCAUUGUGGAUGCCUAUCCUUCCCCGCGGCUUCUGGUACAGGCUUAUCAGCGCUGUUUUUCGGAGCAAGAACGCCAGAAUUUGCUAGCAGACAUACAGGUGCGCCGAGGGGAAGGUGUGACAUCCACCUCCCGCCGUGUUGGACCAGAGCUGUCCAGGCGGAUCUACCUUCAGAUGACUACUUUGCAGCCAGAUCUCUCUCUAGACAGUGCGGACUGAUGCUAGCCCUAAGGGCCAAGGACUAGAAGCAGGAGAUCCACAAAUACUCCACCUCUCACCCCUCCAGAACCUGACUGCAAUGGAAGCAUCUCCUGGGGUACAAGCCUGGGUAAGCUCCAGUCUUUCCUGGUUUCCAUUAUUUGCAAGCUUCCCUCCCUGUCAGCUCAGGGUAGAGGCUGAGACCCUUGCAUCCACCUUCAUGG